GCAGAACUGGGUCUUCAUUACAUUGUAUGCAGGGCUUGACAUUAACUUUUUACGCUCGCCGGCCACUGUGGCUAGUAGUUUUCCAGAGUCACUAGCCAUUCAGGUAUUCCACCAGCCACAGAUUUGAUUUCCUUUUUUUAUCAUGACGCUGUACAUCUAACAUCAGAAGAUGAGGUGCUUAAAGCAAGAAGAUGAAUGUGUGGGUUUCUACAUGGAAAUAAAACAAACAAAUAGAAACUGAGUAACAGAGCUUUUUCUUGAACUUAAAUACAAACAGUUGAUACAAAAGGGGCAAAGUGCAGAAUAUACGCUAUUCUGAUAUGUCACACCAUAGAAUAAGCUAGGUUCUACCUGCCAAAUUGGCUUGUGGCACUGAAAUUGUUACCAGCCACAGCCAAGUUUUACCAGCAUUUGGCCUGUUGGCAGGUGCCAGUGUCAAGCCCUGAUUGUAUGUAUUGGGUGGCGGGGCCAUUCAGAUAAAUUUUUUUUCUCCGGUCCCAGGCAGAACUGGCAGCAACCCUGAACACGCAUUCAUUUAUUUUCUUCUGUCUGUGUCCUUUUUUGUUUGUCUGCCCUUGCAACUUGUUCACUCUGGUUCAGUGACUUUGGUUGGUUUUGAGCUGUUGGGUUUUGUGUUUGUGCUGUGGGUGGCUUGUGCAAUGUUUCAGUUGCGUUGUGUGUUGGUUUUUGAAAUUCGCGCCUUUUUCAUUUCGAUGUCUAUCUUUGUGUGUGUGUGGUUGUGUGUGUGUGUGUGGUUCUCUCUCUCUCUCUCUCUACUUUCCUGCAGCUGUGUGUCUAUGUGGACUCGUUUCCUCUUCUCAUGACAAAACGCCUACUUCCUCCUUCUGUUCACCUCUCCGUCUGUCACUCGGUGUCUUGCUCACUCGUUCUUUCUCUACCUCUCUGUUUUUAUCCUUAACAUCAUGCCAUAGGUUGAACAUCACUGAGAUAAAUAGCAAGAUCAACUCAACGGCUUCAUUUUUAUUUUGGACUUUCGGAGUUUACGUGGAUGAUGUUGUUGUUUUGACAAGAUCAAGACUUCAAUGCUUCUUGUUGCCUUGCGGGAGAACGGGGGGCCCAGCACUGCAGCUACUGCAGCUUUGCAACGUCGUGCAGAUUUCCGGGCUUGGAUGAGAGGCGGACAGCAGUGAGACAGUCUUCACCACCCGCUCCCCCCUCUCCUCUCCUCCCCCUGCCCUCGUCGCGUAGCAGCAGCUAAAGACUCCGCCUCUCUGGUUGCCCCGGUCACCUGAGGAGGGGACCAGAGGGCACCUCCCUACGUCCAUCCAUCCAUCCAUCCAUCCGGCCCUCCAUCUUUUCGUUCUUCCUUCUCUCCAUCGCGGACAUCGCGGAGUGCAGCCAUGCCUCCACCGGCGGACAUUGUGAAGGUGGCCAUCGAAUGGCCGGGGGCCUUCCCCAAACUCAUGGAGAUUGACCAGAAAAAGCCUCUCUCAGCCAUCAUUAAAGAAGUGUGCGAGGGAUGGUCCGUACAGAACCAUGACAACUACGCCCUGCAGAAUGCGGACUCCACCAACUUCUACAUCACAGAGAAGAAUCGCAAUGACAUCAAGAAUGGAUCCAUUCUGAGACUCACCAAAUCCCCUGCGACGACGGCGGCGGAGCUUCACGAGCGGAUCCAGUCGUCGAGCAUGGACUCCAAGCUGGAUGCGCUGAAGGACCUGGCCAGCUCCUCGCGAGACCUGACCUUCGCCCAGGAGUUCAUCAACCUGGACGGCAUCUCGCAGCUCACGCAGAUGGUGGAGAGUGGCACCGAACGAUAUCAGAAACUACAGAAGAUAAUGAAGCCUUGCUUUGGCGAUUUGCUGUCGUUCACGCUGACUGCCUUUGUGGAGCUGAUGGACCACGGCAUCGUCUCCUGGGAUACCUUCUCUGUGGCCUUCAUCAAGAAGAUUGCCAGUUACGUCAGCAAGUCGGCCAUGGAUGCGGCGGUGCUGCAGCGUUCGCUUGCCAUCCUGGAGUCCAUGGUGCUCAACAGCCAGGACCUCUACCAGAAGGUGGCGCAGGAGAUCACCAUCGGGCAGCUCAUCCCACACCUGCAGGGGGCUGAUCAGGACAUUCAGACGUACACCAUUGCCGUGAUUAAUGCGCUCUUCCUCAAAGCACCCGAGGAGAAGAGACAGGAAAUGGCACACAUUCUUGCACAGAAGCAGCUGAGGAACAUCAUCCUUACUAACGUCAUCAGGAGUCCUAAGCCAAUCAAUGACGAGAUGGCCCAUCAGCUGUACGUGCUGCAGGUGCUGACCUUUAACCUCCUGGAGGACCGCAUGAUGACCAAGAUGGACCCUCAGGACCAGGCUCAGAGGGACAUCAUCUUCGAGCUGCGGCGCAUCGCGUUCGACGUGGAGUGCGACUCCAACAGCAGUGGCAGCAUGGAGAAGCGCAAGUCCAUGUACACGCGUGACUACAAGAAGCUGGGCUUCAUCAACCAUGUGAACCCCGCCGUGGACUUCACUCAGAUUCCUCCGGGGAUGUUGGCUCUGGACAACAUGCUGUACUUUGCCCGCCACCAUCAGGAUGCCUACGUCAGGAUUGUGCUGGAGAACAGCAGCAGGGAGGAUAAGCACGAGUGUCCGUUCGGCCGCAGCAGCAUCGAGCUGACCAAGAUGCUCUGUGAGAUCCUCAAAGUCGGAGAGCUGCGUAAGUGUCCUGUUGAAACCACCUCGGACAAGCCCAAGAUGGAGAGGGGGCCCGGACUGGAAGGAGUCUGCAAGGCCGUGCAGGCCACUGAGGCCAGCGUUGAGAAACAAUGCCAGCAAUCAAUAUCCAGGUCAUUUCACUGA